AUGACAUGGCUGACUACAGAAUCCCCUCUCAUUGAUUGGCAACAGGGACUGGUCACCUUCCCUGAACAGGUACAGAUUGCCUCCAAAGAAGAAGCAGACCCGGACCCCUUAGCAGACCUACCCCCUCAAUAUCAUGAAUUUGCUAAGGUAUUUGGAGAAGAGGAGUUCAAAGUCCUACCCCCACAUAGGGAAUACAACAUUGCUAUAGAUCUUGUCCUGGAUGCCAAACUUUCCCCUGGCCCCAUAUACGGAAUGACGGAUGUGGAAUCCAAGGCACUGAAACAGCAUAUUGACGAGGAAUUGGCAACAGGCAAGAUUUGCCCCAGCACCUCAUCCGCCGGCGCUCCAGUCAUGUUUGUAAAGAAAGCAGAUGGCUCACUAAGACUGGUAGUUGAUUAUAGGAAGCUAAAUGACGUUACGCACAAGAACGUUUACCCACUCCCUAGACAGGACAACCUCAUGGCCAAACUCAGGCAUGCCAAGAUCUUCACCAAAUUGGACUUGCGUUGGGGAUACAACAAUGUUUGGAUCAAGGAAGGCAACAAAUGGAAGACGGCCUUCAGAACCAAAUAUGGCCUAUUCAAAUACUUAGUCAUGCCAUUUGGCCUCACAAACGCCCCGGCCGCUUUCCAACAUUUCAUGAAUGAUUUGUUCAGGGACCUAAUAGACGUGAAUGUAGUAAUCUACCUGGACAACAUCUUGAUCUUCUCAGACAAACCAGAAGAACAUCCAACCCACGUGAGAGAAGUCCUGUCCCGCCUAAUGAGGAACCAACUGUUCUGCAAGUUGUCUAAGUGCCAUUUCCAUGUUACCACGGUUGACUAUCUAGGCAUUGUAAUCUCCCCUGCUGGGUUCUCCAUGGAUCAGAGAAGUUCUGUUGCGCGCCCCUUACACCAUCUCACAAAGAAGGAGACCCCUUGGUCAUGGGGUAAACCAGAGGAGGAUGCAUUCCAGGAACUAAAGAACCUUGUCACCAAAUCUCUGGUCCUUAUCCACUCCAACCCAGAACUACCCUACUACUUGGAAACAGAUGCCUCAGGGGUAGCUAUGGGGGCAAUUCUUAGUCAACAAGGUCUGGACAACAGGUUACAUCCAAUUGCCUAUAUGUCCAAGUCGUUCUCAGGGGCAGAAGCUAACUAUGACACCCACAACAAGGAACUUCUGGCUAUCAUCAAGGCAUUGGAGGAAUGGAGGAUCUUCUUGGAGGCCACAGACAAGCCUGUACAGGUUUUUUCAGACCACCGGAACCUAGAAUAUUGGAUGCAGGCACGGACAUUCAAUAGGAGACACGCUAGAUGGCGCAUUUUCUUGAGCAACUUUAACUUUGAAAUCCACUAUUGCCCGGGUAAACAGUCAGGAAAGCCAGAUGCCCUCUCCAGAAGAUUGGACUAUGUACACCUACCCUUGGAACCAGAAGUCAUGCUACCCGCGGAAGUCUUUGCAAACACUUUGGAAGAGGAGGUUGAAAUUGUUGCGGAAAUACGGUCUAGAAUCAGAGAAGACCCCUCCCUGGAACCAAUCAUCCAGUUCCUUACAGAAGACGCAGAUGAUGCACCCCCUUCCAUCCAAAAGGCUUAUCGGGAUUAUAAUUGGGAGGAAGACCUCCUAUGGUACCGUGGAAAAUUGGUAGUCCCAGACUCAGAGCCUCUCAAGGAGCGGUUGCUUAAGGAAUUCCACAACUCCCCGUUGGCGGGUCACCCAGGACAACAAAGGACGUUAGAACUCCUUAGCCAAAACUACUGGUGGCCAGGAAUGAAAUCAUCUGCCAAGGAAUGGCCGUUAGAAGUUCCCCCUUUCCCGUUCCACACAAUAUCCUAUGACUUCAUCACGGGAUUCCCCAAGUCUAAUGGGCACAAUGCAAUUCUAGUGGUAAUUGACUCCUUCUCCAAGUUUGGUCAUUUCAUCCCAACCACAAAGAAGGUCACAGCUAAGGGCCUAGCCAACCUGUUCAUCACCCACGUUUGGAAGUUACACGGACUACUGGUCAAAACAGUCUCAGACCGCGGGACAACGUUCACAGGGAAAUUCCUAAGAGCAUUAUACCAACGCCUUGGAAUCAAACCAGCCUUCUCUUCAGCCUACCAUCCGGAGUCAGACGGACAAACGGAAAGGGUGAACCAAUUUAUCAAGUUCUACCUUAGGUCCUACAUUGCGGCAGAUCAUUCAGACUGGGCUACCUGGUUACCAUUAGCAGAAUAUGCGUACAACAACGCCAGACACUUGGCCACAGGAAAGACCCCCUUUGAACUUGUCUAUGGAAGAAACCCUGUCAUGAGUCCAUCCAAUGUACCAGCAAAUGUCCCAGAAGCCAACCACGUAGCCAACACCCUGGCUCAAGAAUGGAAGGAAGCAGAAUCUGCCCUGAGACUAACAAAGGAAAGAAUGGCAGGAAACAAAGGAAUAACCCCGGAAUACGCAAUUGGCAAAAAAGUCUGGCUGGAUGGGAGAAACGUGGAGCUUAGAACCAACUCCAACAAGUUGGACCCUAAGAGACUAGGCCCUUUCAAAGUCUUAGAACAAAUAUCCAGCCAUGCAUACCACCUGAAACUUCCGGAAACCUUGAAGAUCCAUGACGUAUUCUAUGUAGGGCUGUUAUCCAAAGUCCAUGAGUCUCCCAGUCAACCCUUCCCAGAACGUCCCCCUCCAGAAACAGUUGAAGGGGAAGAAGAAUACAAGGUGGAACAGAUCAUUGACUCCAAAAUGCAACAAGGAAAAUGGUUCUACUUGAUAAAAUGGAAGGGCUAUGGACCAGAAGAUAAUUCAUGGGAGCCAGAAGAACUCCUGGAACACAGUCAGGAGGAAAUUCAACGCUUCAACAAGUUACGACUGAAAAAGGCUUGUGACUCCGCCAAGAGCCUUUAA